UUCAGACGCAGAAUGGAUUCUAGUAUGAGACAGUUUCUGAAGGAGGGAGGAAAACAUUCAGAGAAUACUCUUAAGUACCUGAGCUCAGUACUGAAUAAUCCUCACCCCUACCCUCCUCAUGUUAUUGAAAUUCUCAACAGUAUCAGACAACAUGCAGAGGAGGAUAAUUCUAACUUCUUGCACCUUCAAUCCAUUCUACCACAUCUAGCAACUCAUCAAUCAAUCAACCAACCAUCAUCUUCAAUCCAUCAAUCACACCCAGCUGGUAAACCUGGAGGGGGAAGGAGAUCGGAUCCAGUUCAUGUCCAUAGUGCCAUCAAGGAGGAAACUGCCAGUCCAUCACAGGGAGUUGAUGACUCUAGAUCUCCGAUGUCUGUUGUUUACUCCGAGUGCGAGGAGGAGGAGGAGGGGGAGGCAGACGAGGGUAUCUAUAUCCCGGGCAAGAAAUCUACCAAUAUCGGAGUUGCAAAUCAACGAACUCCGGUCGAGAUUGCAGCUUCUCUUCCUGUUGGGAUUCCUUGGAACGAGGAUAUGAUGAAUAAAAGCAGGCGAGUUGAUGAAGGUAAAAACGAAGAAGAUCGUCCUACAGAUAUUGCAGCAUCAAUACAGGCUAUGGCCCGAAGUGUGUACUCCAGCUCCGUGUUUGGAGACAACGUGUUUGGUGAGCUGCCGCGGCCAAGGAGGAAUACAAUGUCCAAGGAUUGACCACUGAGUAAUAAAAUGUUUACGAAGUGACCAAGGAUUAACUAAAAGGCUAAGGAGGGACGUAAACCCCCAUUUUUAUCCAUUUUGUAUUAGGACACUUUUUACGUUGUUAGGUUCUUUCCAUAGUGACAAUUUUUCAAGUGGCAGCUUCCCAAAAUUUGUAUUAUUAAGGGGUACUUUUUCCAGCGCUCGGUCCUCUGUGUCCCUCCCUGACAUUAACUGCAGAAAUUUUUUUCAUCAUCUUGGUGAUCAAAUGGUAGAAUAGUUAAUUUGAGAAAAUUCACUUUUGGGAUUUGAAAACAAAAAUUUUAAGUGCCAUUGAGAAAUUAAAUUUUGGAAAGUACUAAUACUGUUUUACUUACCUCUUCAACCUGACAACAAAGACACAAUUUACUGUUAAACUUUUUUCUUUUGAAUUUGGGCCAUUAACAAAUGCUGUUUGCAUAAUCAUCAAUUUUUUAAAAUUUAUAUAAUUUUUGACUAUUUCUGUUUCUCUAAAAAAAUCAUCACUCUAACCGUUUUAAUACUUUUCAGCUUUCAAGGAAAUGAAAACAUGUUAAUGGGCGCUUACUUUUAAUUAAGAUUUGCGGAUUUCUGCUUUAAAUUCUUCGAUUUUCCCCAAUGAACAUGGAUAAUAGGAGACAAUCUGUAAAGAUGGUUUUCUUAAAAAAUUGGUCUGAAUAUCUAAAUUAACGCCGACCAUAAUUCUCAUGUUUAUUGGGGGGUUCAAUUUAUACUUCGUGUAUGUACUGUACAAUGUAAAAAAACAGCGUGAGACGUACAAUCAUGUACAGUUCCGCUGAUUUUCUGUAGUUUUCAUACUGUUAAAUCAAUCUACAUUUAUUUACAAUGUUGUAAUUAUAAAACCAGUACUAAGCCUGAAAAGCAGACAUUAGAAUCUAUUUUACUGUAAUUUGUAUAAAAACUGUGGGUUCAGCAUUUCUAAUUCCAAAUCCCUUUAUAUGGAUUUAAAUGUUGUAACUCAUAAGAAAUUGUUAAACUUACAAAAUGUACCCCAAAAAUUAACUAUUUAAUAUUUUCAGA